GCUACGCCAAUCACUGAACAGCUUUUGUGUUUCCGGAUCCCUACCAUUCAUCCGGACCCCUACUAUUCAUCCGGAUGUAACUUCUCAGACGUAAACAUCGUUUUACAAGAUGGAACCUCGCUUAACCAUUGUGUGAAAGAAAGAGCAAUUUAGUUUUACACGAAUUACGGACAGUCAAAGGACGACCGCCAUCUUAGCCAUAAUACGUAACUUCUGCGCCACCAUAUUGUUUGCCUGCGUGCGUUGUCGUUUGUAUUUGUUCUACGUUUGGUGUAUCAUGAAGAGUGUGGUUUACGCCUUUUUAAUCUGAGCGUUGCUAUUGCUUUCGGUUUCCGGUUGAUUUGUAUUGACAUACUCUAUAAUUAGCAGACUUUUGUUGUUGUUUGUGAGAUUAGCGGAGACCGGCUGUUUAGUGAGAUAGUACUGCUAGCUAGAUUUUACAUUUUAUUACCCACGUUCACACGUUGUGGUGACUUCAGCUCAAAGGUUUCAAUACAAAGUGUUUAAAAAAAAAUAUGGAGCUGAACAAAAAGCGGCGCUUGAAUAAACAGACCAAGAUUUCCGUUGUACGUAAUUUUCGUCACAGUAAAAAUUCAGUCUUUUGCCGCGUAAAUAGUUGGAUUUUUUCACUGCAUAUACAUUAUUUACGAAUUAGGCGACAACAUUUGCUGUUAUUUGAUUGGUUGCUACCGUUUUUGUUAUUUAUUUUUUUUUUUCUUUUUUCUCAAUUUCCGUUCCUAACUGCGGGGAAAGUCAAUAAUUUCAACUUUUACCGCGGGAAAGCAACAGAAAAAACAUUAACUAAUCACAAUUUAGUCUUAUACCCUAAACGCCUGCACACGGAGCUCUUUUUUAAAACUUAAUUGAUUAUUCCCAGAAAUCUACACUGUGAUUAGUGAUUACAACAUUUAAGUUAAAAACAUGGAUUUAAUUGUCUUUUACAUUUGUGUAGAGUAAUGUUUAUAAGAACUUAAUCACCGUCAUAAUUUUUCUAUUUACGUCCAUUCUGAAGUAGAUUUUUGAAAACAUUAACUUCUGUUCAAGUGUAUGCAAAACAUUGAUAACAUUCCAAGUGGUUUUUCAUAAAACAAAAAAUAAUAAGAUUGAUUUCGGAUUUCAUAUUUUCUUAAAUGAUGUGCUGACUGUAGAAAAAGUUGAAGCAGGAACAUCAAGUAGUCUUAAUUGACAAGUUUGUUGACUUUUGGGAUUUAGUAAAGUUUUUACUCUUGAUGAAAAUUUUCUUCUUAAGAAGUUUUAAUAUCGAUGUCAUUUAUGCUGUUGUGAAUGAAAAAUAGUGAAAUUUAUUUAUUAAAAAAUAUCCGUCAAAUUUACAGCGAAAUAGAAAAAAAAAUACUGGUUCCGACUUUCUAAUAUGGAUGAAAACAACAACUUGAUACGAAAUCUAGUAAAAGAACCCCCGCAAAGGAAGAAAUGUGCUAUUAACGAAAGCGUAAGGCGUAAUAAAGCAGGAACAACGAACAUGUCAACACCGAUAUCAACAAAACUCGACCAUCCGUCACAUUCAGUUAACAUGAAAGAUUUUCACGAUCGUUAUGAUUCGAAAUUUGAUGCUGAUUUUAAACUACAUAACAGCUAUAACAAUGAAAAUACAGGCGAUCAUAAGCGUGAUUGUUCGGUACAUCACGAGCGUAAGUUUGAUAGCGUGGAUGAAAAAUCUUUUAUGGACGAAGUCCUUUCACAGGCGAGUGAUGCAACAGGAAUGUUGUUUAUACUUGAGGACAACGUCAACACUGAAUUGACAGAAACUCACUCAGUCAAUGAUAAAAACAAAUUCAUUGUUGACUCCGAUACCCAGCGUUUUACAGUGAAUAAGGAUAAUAAAGUGGACUCGGUUAACCAAAGGCUAAGCUCUAAGUUUAAGGAAAACUCAAUUUCAACACCUUCAAGGGCAAAGAAAACGAAACCUGCUCCGUUGAUAUUAUACGAUGAGUCAGACUAUGUUGUUGUGCCAGAUUUUGAAGAAAGACAACAAGAACUUGUGAAGGAGACAUGUUUGGUUGACCCUCUCAGUCCGGAAACACAAAAAAGAGAAGUGAUUGGUUGUUUGCGGACAAUACGCGGAAUCUUCGAUAUAGAAAGACAAAUGACUGGGAUGGUCGAGACAACUAAACAUCGUACAAAUCCGAAACAUGUAGCUGGUCCAGUAGAUGGAAACCCUUAUGCUCAGAUUGAUCCCAUCCUUAAAGAGAAACUUCGAGCCAGACCCUCUAUGCCAGAAAACGACAGUUAUAAUUUAACAACUGGCAUAGAAGAUUUGGAUAAUUUGUUAGGAGAGAUAAAUUACCUAACAAGUAAGGCGGACGUAAACGGAAACACCUAUGCCAGCAAGAAAAUUGCCACAGUUGACGUCACAGAUCAUGGCGCAAGAAAGUCAAAGUCAAGCGUAACCAAACACGCUCCUCCGCCAGUGGAAGGGAAAAUAACUAUGCAGCAAUGUGGGAUUCUGCACCAAGCUCCAAGUUUACAACUUCAUCCAGUUAUGGAGGGUAAAAUUGCUGUCGAACAGCGUAGAGUCUUGCACCAAGCUCCUGGUGUACAACACAAGUCAGUGUCUGAUGACGUUUUUUCGAACAGUCCAAGUGCAAGAACCGUUGACGAUCUGUUGUAUGAGUUAGAUCAUUCUCCUUUGAACAGUAGCUACGGCAUGCGCAAGCCUUUGAAGAGAAACGCCUCUUCUUACGAUAACGACUCUUUGUGUAGUGGCAGUGAAAGUGACCAACAUAUUCUUCGAAGUGACACAAGUAGAAACGAUUCCGUUGAUGGCAUAAUGGAAAUACAUCCCGGUAUGGUAGCCCAGCAUGUUCGGAACCUUAAUAAAGUUUUAUUCACAGAAGAGAAUGAGUACCAACGAAAGUACGGAGUGCCAUUGGCUGGUUUUAAUUCACCGGAUGUUGUUCAACAGAAAGUGACCAAGUUUAACAGUCGCUCGGUUGCCCCUGGUUACUGCAGCUCUCCUCCUUCGCAGAUUUAUCACAGUCAAGGUGGCAUGACCAAGAUUAAUUAUGAACAUCAACCUGAUCACGUGGAUGCUGGUACUAGGCAACCAGUGUUGUUUGACCACUCCAAACAAAAUGGUCAUGUUUUGCAUGAUAGUGACUUUCAUGAUAUGCCAAGCGAUGAUAUGUCUCUACCAUCCCAUCACGAGGAUCAAGAUUAUUCAUCAAAAACAGGGACACUUUUAUCGCGAUCAGAUUCUGCAUAUGGAGAAUCGAUGAGAAGUUCUUCGCCGUCGCCCGUUAUGACGCCCGUCAGUCGUUCGUACGACGGCCAUCUUGACGGGCCGUUCACACACGUUAGUACGUACCCGAGUCAUGAAGAACGAGUAGGUAAUUCGUACAGCCCAAGAUCGGAUACUAACAACAAUGGAAAGUCGUCGGGCAUCGGUAGCCGUACAUCUAGUAUGACCAGCUUAGAAUAUGAAGAAGAUGGCGCCGGUUACGUGAAAGUCGACGAUAUCAAGCGUCAACCACUUGUGCACAAAACAGUCACUCAAAGUGAGCCUGAGGUGCCGGUGAAGUAUACGCCUGUUAAAGGUAAAAGUGAAUCAACUCAAGACACCAUUCCCAUUCAGUUAAAAGCAGUUCCUGCAGUGGAAACCAUCCCAUAUCAACGCUCAACAAAGCGUACUUUAACAGUGGUAGAAGAACAUAUCCAACCCGCGCAUAUACAACGAGAAGUCGAGUGUUUGAACGAAGAUAUAUUCAAACAUUUACUGGCUGACGAUUUGAAGCGAACAAAUGAAGUAGGAAUGCCGACAUAUGUAAUGCCGGCAUAUGACGACCGUUUGACGACGUCGAGUAACGAAGACGAAGUCCACAUAUCUGGCAACGUUUUACAUCGAAAACAACCAAAUACCAACACGAUUAAAAAAAGCACUAUAAAAUCCUCAUCACGAAGAGAAGAAAAUCGCUAUCUAUCAUCUGACACGGAUCACUCGUUCGAGAAUGGAUAUGGCGUUCACCUCGUCGACAAACCGACGUUUGAACGUGCUAUGUCGUGUGGCAGUUCUGCAAGUGAUGAACCAUCGAGUCCAAGAUCGCCUGGUAGAUAUGUUGGAACUCUAAGAACUCGAAGGCGAGGUGGAUCUGGAAGUAGUAACUCGUCAAUAUCGUCUGCCGAAUUAUUUCACGAAGUUUCACGAUACCCCUCGAUAAAGUUCGAAAAGGAUACGAUGGGUUUAUGGUAUAAACCGAAUAUAUCGCGCGACGAAGCUACGAGCUUAUUGCGAGAGAAGAAACCUGGUGCAUUUGUUGUGCGAGACAGCCAGUCCUAUGAAGGAGCGUUUGGUUUAGCUGUGAAAGUGGAAACUCCCCCACUGGGUGUUCUUCAACAAGUGGGAGGUGACCUUUCUAAAAUUGAUUUGGAUAACGAACUAGUUCGCCACUUCUUGAUCGAACCGUGCAAAAAAGGCGUCCGAUUAAAGGGUAGUAACAACGAACCAGCUUUCCCAAGCUUGGUAGCAUUGAUCUAUCAACAUACGUUGACUAAAAUGGCGCUUCCUGUACCUCUCAUCAUUCCCGAGAUGGACUCCGUCGACGGUGCAGCGAACGGUAUGAAAUCCUCUCUCACUGAAUCUCAACUACUAGAGAAAGGCGCUGCGUGUAAUUUAGUUUAUCUUGGAGCUGUCGGCGUCGAAUCGCUAACUGGCGACGGUGCCGUGCAUUACGCGAUGAACAAAGUAACGUCGCAAAAUAUGACGCAAAAAACAACCACCAUUAAUAUCAAGGUGAACCAACAAGGAAUCACUUUAACUGAUAAUCAGAGGAGACUUUUCUUCCGUCGUCACUACCAAAUGGCAAACGUCAUACACUGUGGUGUCGAUCCAAAAGGACGACAAAUAAAUUUAAAACCGAUUAUCGGAGACGUCGAUCGGGAAGUCGGCUGUUUUGGUUUCGUCGUUCGUAAACAAUCAAAUAAUUCUCAAAAUGAAUGUCACAUAUGCGCUGAAAUGGAUCCUGAUCAACCAGCAUCUGCAGUUAUCAACUUCAUUCACAAAGCUAUGAGAUAUGCUAAGGUCUGAUUAUAAUUCGGAAAAUUGCGGAAAAUACGACAGCUGAUUAUGACAUUUCAUGCCUGAUAAUUUCUAACGUAUAUAGAGCCUGAGAGAACUACAUAGACUUACAGUCGUUAAAAUCACGCCAAUGUGGGUGCACUGAUAUAAAUUGUUCAUGAUGUCUCGUCAUAUACAGUUGGUUCUAUUUUAAUUUAUAACAGCGUUUUAUAUUUUUUCAGUUAUUUUUUGUAUAUUUUUCAUGAGUAAUGUAUUAUAUUUAUAUAUCUUCUUAAAAUUAACCUCGGGUAGAAUGCCAUGGCAACAAUAUUUUAGCACCAGGCUGAGUCUACUGCUCCAUAAAAUUAUAUCCCAAAAAUGUUUUUCCCUAAAUAUAUUUUAUCUUAAAAUUAUUUAUAAACAUAUUCCCUUCUCUAAAGAAAGUGUUUUGUAUUUUAAACUGCAAUUUCAUAUUGCUAGUGCAACCUCGUUUCUAGUCCCAUCUCUUUUAAUCCAGCAUGUGAAUGGUUAAGUUAUCUGAGGAGAAAAAAGGCGAUUUAAGUAUGAGGUUGUCUCUUCCUGUUUAAAUUUAAACUUUAAAAUUUUCACUGUCUCUUAUAUCUAAACAAAAAAAAAUCAAGGUUAGCAACUUUGUUUCCAGACUUCCGAAACAGGAGUGAAAUGAUCUUUGUAAAACGUAUUUAUUGUAAAUAUCAUUUGAAAUUUAAAGAGCUUAUUUUUAUAAACAUUUAUUUUAAGUAUCGACGA